CUUCACUUCAUUCUCUGUAGCUAUUUCGUACUAAUUCACUUCACUCUCUAUAGCUAUUGCUUACGCCAUGUCGUUUAAAGUGGCUGCUCAGACUUUUCCCAUUUGUCCGAUCAACGCUGAGGAGGCGGUGACGGUGAGAGAAUACGAUGAGGAAAGAGAUAAGGCGGCGGUGGAGGAGAUGGAGAAGAGAUGCGAAGUUGGUCAGAAAGGAAAACCUUCUCUUGUCACUGAUCUUUUGGGCGACCCGAUAUGUCGCAUUCGUCAUUUUCCAUCUCAUGUUAUGAUGAUAGCAGAAUAUGGAGAAGAAAAAACUAUAGUUGGAGUAAUAAGAGUAUGCAUUAAAACAGUGACAAGAGGAAAUUCAUUAGGUUAUGUAAAUAUGGCUUACAUUUUGGGAUUAAGGGUCUCUCCUACUCACAGGAGACUAGGCAUCGGUAUCAAAUUAGUGCAAGAGACGGAAAAUUGGUGUAAGAAAAAAGGCGUUGAGUACACAUAUAUCGCAACAGAUUGCACCAAUGAGCCUUCCGUCAAUCUAUUUACUAGAAAAUGCUCUUACUCAAAAUUCCGUGCUCUUUCCAUGUUAGUGCAACCGGUUCACGCCCAUUACAAACCAUUAAACUCCAACAUAACCAUCGUCAGACUAACUCCGAAACUGGCGGAAAUAAUUUAUCGUCGAGCAUUUGCCAACGCAGAAUUUUUCCCUCAAGACAUUGGUUCAAUUUUAUCAAAUAACCUAAAUUUAGGCACAUUUAUGGCCAUACCCAAAAAAAAUCUCUCAAAAUGGAAUCCGAACACAGAAAUUGAUCGUCUUCCGUCAUGUUUUGCGAUAUUAAGUGUAUGGAACACUAAGGAAGUGUUCAAAUUACAAGUAAAAGGAGUUUCAAAGCUAACAUAUGCAUUUUGUAAAGGUUCUAGGGUUCUUGAUUCAUGUAUGCCAUGGCUAAAGUUGCCUUCAUUUCCUGAUGUUUUUAGACAAUUUGGAGUUUAUUUCUUGCAUGGCUUGCAUAUGGAAGGUGAACAUGCACCGCGGCUCAUGAAGGCUCUAUGUGGCUUUGCACAUAAUAUGGCUAGAGAUGAUGAUGGGUGUGGGGCUGUGGUGGCUGAAGUGGGCCACGGGGACCCGGUUAGAGAUGUGAUCCCACAUUGGAGGAAAUUUUCUUGGGCGGAAGAUUUAUGGUGCAUCAAGAAAAUUAGUAAUGAUGAUGAUGAUGAUCAUGAGCCGUCCGAUUGGGUGAAAUCAAGACCUUCAAAAGUUAUUUAUGUUGACCCUCGUGAUCUUUGAUCUAUGUUUGCUCUUUAUAAUGCAAAUGAUAAAUGUUAAUAGCUAGUCAGUUUAGUUGUA